AUGACGUUGCGUCAUAAUAAGCCUUAUAGUAACGUCGGGAUACUGGUAUUCAGAAAGUGGCAAAUGGACUCGUUUGCUGAGAACAUUAAGGAGAACAUGACGUACAUUAUCACUGGGGUAGCAGGCAUUGCUGUAGGAUAUAGUCUGUACCGAGCCUGGAGAUAUGUCUAUUAUGAUAAUGGUGAUGAUGAAUAUUUUGAAAGGCUUCAACCAUCGACAAAGUCGGAGAAAAGAAAGAUAUUGAUAAUAGGGUUAGAUGGUUCCGGCAAGACACGCUUCUCCCGAUGUUUUUGUAAGGGUCGAAGAAGAUUAGGGUCAACAGAAGAAACAACUAUUGGAUUUUAUGUGAAUACUGUAAAACUGGGGGAAGUUUCUCUCGAUAUGUGGGACGUUGGAGGUUCGCCGAAUUGUCGAGAAUACUGGAAAGAUUUCAGGGGCUUUACGAUGAAUUUAGACCUGAUUUGUUACUGUGUAGAUUCAAGUUUACCUUCACGGUUUAACGAGGCUAGAAGGGAACUUCAUAAGUUUCUACAGUAUGAGAGUACUAACGGUAUUCCCUUGAUACUCGUCGCUACAAAACAGGAUUUGCCGAAUGCUGUCUCUCCAAGUCAGGUUCUUAAACAGAUGAGUUUAAAUGAGUUCGAAUCAACUCGUUCUCUGUAUACUGUAGGUGUCCAGGCUCCUAAUGAUGGCCCUAGGAAAGGUUUCAUGGAUACCUUCAGACUGUUUGUUACUAUCGUGAAUCAAAAUAGGAAACAAAAAUAA